AGUUUGGAGGCUGAAGCUUGUAGUCCAAAGAUUGUAUGUUUAACCUUUGAGACUAUUUAUCGAGCAGUUGUCAGUUGAGUUCAUGAAUGUUUCAAGAUAUUCUCAUGUAUGGUUUAGCAGUGUUUUUUAAUUCAAUUAGUUGUGAAACAAAUUACCUUUGCCAUUUGUUUAGAUGACCAUGUCAAAAAAAACCAACCCAAUACCUAGUUAUCGUUAUAGCAAUGGACCUUUUGUGUUUGCUGUUAGAUUAUUUCGUUUGCUUAGCUUUUUCAUGUACGGAUUUGCUAUUGCAUGGAUAAAUACUCAUCCUUCUGUUCCUCCAUACGAAAGUGUUGGUUCUUUUGGUGGUUCGCUUAAAUUUUUAACUUACUGGAAUCUGUUAACACAAUUUGUUCUUUUUACUUUGAUUAAUUACUGUGACUUAUUUUUAGUGUCAUCAGAUGGAACCUAUAAACAUAAUCAAUCAUCGAGUGUUUUAGUAAAAUUGAGAGAUAUUGUUCACCAUGGACUUGCCUUACCCUUAGGACUGUUUGUUGUCCUUGUUUAUUGGAUGAUAUAUGCAAUAGAUUCAGAACUUAUCUAUCCAAUUGCUUCACGACCAUAUUAUCCAGAAUGGUUGAAUCAAAUAACACAUUCUGCAGUUGGGGUUACAGUUAUGAUUGAAGAGUUUGCCUUCUAUCACCCCCGUGACAAUCGUAAAGCUUUCGUGGCUCUGUUUUCAUAUAUUGUAUCAUACUUUCUCUGGAUUCUUUAUCUUGGCUAUGUUAUCAACUAUUGGCCAUACUCAGUAAUCAGGAUUAUCCCAGAUCCAUACAAAAUUCCUUUCAUAAUAACAUUUGGACCAAUAUUUGCCAUCAUAUUAUACUUUACACAGUAUUUACAUGCCAAGCAAUGGCCUACACCAUAUCAAAGAUCACGUAAGGAAAAGCGCAGAUGAUCAACAUUUCUAACUUUACUAGAAUUUUUAAUGUCAUUUUAAGUCGUGGCGCAAACUUACUUACAACAAUAAUGUAUAUGCACCGUUUGAUGUAUUCAAAGGAAUGGAGCAAUAGAUUGCCCAUUAACAGUAUCUUAAUUUUUUGAUGCAAAACUUAACCUUCAAUUACUGCCAGAAAUCUCAUUGUUAUCCUGUUAUACAAUUCUUCCGGAUCUCGAGUUGAUCUAUCAUUUGGAUUACCUGGAAGCAAUAUUACUAGGAUUUUAAAGCUUAUCAUUUUCCCCAUUGCAUCAUUCAAUAAUACUCACCUGUUUAAUCUCAAUUUUCAAUUUCUUUCAACAUGUGCAAUAAAAAUUGGAUUAAUCACUUCAUGUGACUGUACAUUUACCAGAAUUGCAGUGUUACAAUAAUGCACUUGGAUAAUUAGAUUCACAUAAAAUUAUAAAAAUUAUAAGUCUUCCUAUGCUAAUAAUAAUAUAACCCCCUUUCAACUUUUAUACUUGCAACACAAAUUCAACUUGUAAUUAUAUUCUAAUCAGUAAAUUAUGUGCCGCACAAUUUAAUUUCAA